GGUUUAGAAAUUGCACAGAACAUGUUGAACUGCAAUUCGUCGAGAACAUGCGUUCAACACCUGGCGCGCUACUUUGCCAUCUUGGAAAUAUUAGUAGUGAUGAAUCUUUGAAGUGAGGAUGGAUCCAAUAGUUAAACGUCUAAAAGAAGAUUAUUUAACAUGCGUGAUAUGCUUUGAACUCUAUAACGAACCAAAGGUUUUGUCAUGUCUUCAUACUUUUUGUGAGGUUUGCUUGGAUGCCUUGAUACAGAAGUCUUCCGAGAAAGAACAACUGGUAUGUCCAAUAUGCCGGGAAAUAGUGCCAUUAACAGAACAAUCGGUGUCGGGUUUGAAAACGCACUUCACUUAUAAAGAUAUGAUUGAAAAAAUAAUUAGAUCCAAAGGAUUGCCAUUGAAAAAAUUAUGCUCUUUUUGCAUGCUUCAUUCGAAAGAGGUUGAAGCAACGUACAAAUGUUUAACUUGUAUGGAUUUGCUGUGUGAGUUAUGUGCAAAAGCCAGGCAUACAUAUACUAGACAGACCGUAAAUCAUAAUGUUGUCCACGUCAGGGACUACUUGGCGACAAAACACAAAGAGCCAAUCAAUCAUGAGAUACCCUGCGAUCAACAUCAAGAAAGAUUGCGCUUCUUUUGUCAACAGUGUUUCAUCCCAAUUUGUGGGGAAUGUGCUAUUGUGGAACACAGAUUCCAUGAUUAUGUAUCAUUUGCAGAGGCAAGAGACAUUGCUAAAGAGGAAUUGAAGAAAGUUUUACAAAUCUCGAAAGCAAAACAAGAAAAGCGACAACAAAUUCACACAACUCUGGUAUCUAAGUCGGAGGAGAUAUCAGCUAAUGAAUCAUUUUUAUUAGACAAGAUUGAUUCAACGUAUAAAGAAAUCGAAUCCAAGUUGAAGAAUCAUCGUCAAAUUGUUGAAGAAAAAAUAAAAAUAAAAUCUAGCCAAGAAAGAAAAAACGUUGAUAUUAACAUUCAAGAAAAUUUAAAUCUGCAGGACAAUUUACAAUCAUCAGUCUUGUUUUGUGAGAACAUGCUUUGCAAAGGAAGCGAUGCAGAAGUUGUUUUUUUCUUCGAAGAAAUGAAAUCGUGUUUGCUGAAAUGCCCAGAACCAAUGGAGAAAGAAGUAAACAUUUCGCUUCAAAGUUUGAUAAUUAAUUCUGAGAGAGAAUAUAAUAUUUUUAAGUUGGAGGAUGUUGUGUUCGAUGGAAACACACCUGGUAUAAUGGCGAAAGAUGCACACAUGCAAUUGAAAUUAGACGUCAAAAACACAGUGUCAGAUGAAGCGAGUUUCAAAAAACCAAGUUAUGAGAUUGAUCACUGCUCGUUGUCUUCACCUUCCAUGAAAGAAAAAAAGGCAACCAAACAUUUGUUGACAGCACAAAUUCCUAAAUGUUUAAAAAUGUAUAACCUAUAUGACAGAAAUAGCAUGAAAACGCCAGGUUAUACUUGCAUCACAUGGAUUGACAGAACAUCAUUUGCUCUUGCAGAUGAACACAACCAAACAGUAGCUCUUGUUACAAUCAAUUCAAAAAAUCUUCGAACCCAUUCAGUAAAAGAUGUAAAGGCCAUUACCAAAUUCGGUAAUUUUCUUGCGUGUAAAACCCAAUCUGGUGAAGUAAUCAUUUAUUCCUAUCCAGAUUUUAAGUUAGAAAGAACUUUCAACGGAGCGUACGCUUUAACAUCGUGGUCAUCAGAGUUAAUAUGGAUAACAAAAGAAACAAUCGUAAUAUUCAACAUCACUAAUAUUCAGAAAAAGAGAAUUUUAGACGAAAAUGGUCAUCGUUUCAAAUUUAGUAUGCCUCUUCAUGCAUGCUGUCUCCCAAAUAAAUCAUUAGCAAUCAUAGACGCACCUGCUGAAUGCUUGUACUUACUUGAUAAGAAAGGUCAAAUUUCAGUAAGAUAUGUGCAUUCAGGGAGUAUGGGUGCAGUUUCUUGUGACAGACACAAUCAGAUAUAUUUGGCAUGUUAUGAAACAAAUGUCGUCUGCAUUAUCAACAUAAAUGGAGAGUGUAUAAAAAGAAUUUCCUUGAGCUGUAUUCUACAGAAACCUAGGAGCAUAUCAGUACUCAGCGAAGAAGAGAUUCUGAUUUCUAAUAAAAAGAACGUAGUUUUGAUUGCACUAGAAGGAUGAAUUCUCAAACUUCGUAGGGAACACUUUUAGCAAUACUGUUCUGGCCCAUGAACAGUUCUAUAUAUGAUACAUUGUGUAUGAAAUUUGAUUAUUUGCUCAUAUACUUUGUUUUACUUUUCCAAACCAAAGAGAAAUCCCUUAGGAUGAACUACAUGCCAACUGUUUCUCAGAUAUAAUUUGCAAUGUAAAGUAUCAUACAUGUAAUAGUGAAUUGAUAUGAAGAAUCCGCGUCCAUCAUUAGAAUGUUUGUAUAUAAUUGGAUCCAAAUUAAAGAAUGUUGAUCGUUGGUGACUUUUGAACUCCUUUAUAACGUUGCUCUUUCGAUUUGAUUACAUUCUGAAUUUUUCUCAGAGGUUGAAUAGUACUACAAAUUUUGUGAAAGUUUUCCUUUCAGAUUAAAGUUUCAACUUUUUCGAAGCCACAUCUUCGAAGGGAUCUUUAUCGUGCCACACCUACUGUGACACGAGACCUCGGUUUUUGCGGACUCAUCCGAAGGACCACCCCAUUUAGUCGCCUCUUACGACAAGCAAGGGGGUACUGAGGAUCUAUUCUAUCCCGUAUCUCCACGGCACUCAAUGCAAGGUGAAGAUAACGAACAGUGAUCAAUCUCACAACUCCUACAAUCAAUACAAAAUAAAUAGUUGGGCAAACACGGACUCCUGGACACACCAGAGGUGGGAUCAGGUGUCUAGGAGGAGUAAGCAUCCCCUGUUGACCGGUCAAACCCGCCGUGAGCCCUUUAUCCUGAUCAGGUAAACGGAGUUAUCCGCAGUCAAAAUCAGUGUGCCAAGAACGGCUUAAUAAUCGGUAUGAAACACGUCAGACAGCAUUUGACCCAAUGAGAGGUUGUAUUGACGAACUAGAUCGUUAUAACGACCAUAGAAUUUGCGAAAUGCUAACUUCAAUCGAGACAGUUGAAAUCCCUGUACCAUCAACUUGUUUGUCAGUAGCUUACCUCGAUUUAAAAACUUACUAUACCCAGAACAAGCUCUUGUAUAUCGACUCAGUUGAGAUAUAUAAACACCAUAUGCAGGUGAUAAUGGAAUAUAUCAUUUAAAUAGGAAAUAAACGUUUUACAUGAAAAUAUAGAGAAAAUGUUGAAGAAAAAAUUCUAAGACAUAUCAAUAUGCAAAGUUUUUUAUUUCAUGUGUUUUAUAUGGACCCUGGGGUGAUGGCGGGGCUAUCAUUUGGGAAGAAAUUUUACAUAAUAUAUGAAUAUAGGGAGAUAAUCUUUAAAUAAGCAUCUUCUCCAGAACAGCAAGGCCAUGCUAGUCAUACUGAUACUGAAGCAUCCCCAUCUUGUGUGGAUUCUGGUUCAGUUAAGUCACAACCCCAUAGGACUAAGUUGAGGUCAUACUAUGAGGUCAAAAUUUGUCAUUGGAUUUAAAAGGGUAAAUAUCUUCUGAAGCAUACCAAAGCCUUGAAUGACUCAGGUGUGAGCAUUGUGGCCCAUUGGCGUUUGAUUAAGGUGGUGACUUUUGCUAUUCUCAUUGUAAAAACAAACCUUAAACAUAAGUGAUAGAAAAAGUUUUAAAACCAAUUUAUAAACACCUCAAUGACCAUGCUUUUAUUUACGUGAAGGUGAUGACUUUACGUAGUCAUGUUACAGUUCAAGAGAAGGAUGAUGAAUCUGUGAUGUACCAAUGGCAGAUGGACUUAGUCCAAUUCCAUAUGAUGCAUCUUCCACAAUAACAAUGAUUUAGAUUAUCAUCAUUAGUGAAAUUUUGUUUCUAUUGAAGUACGUGCUAUUUGCAAAUGGAGAGCUACACAAGUGACUAAAUAAGGAUGGACAAUUUAUAGAAAAGGACAGUCAAAACUUGCAAAGCGGGUCUUGGCUAAAUCUGGCGGCCGAAAUUGUGAACGCAUUUCUAAAUAAAGAAAUUAAA